AUGGAAAAAUCACUAGAACAAUUAAAACAUAUUGAACGAAUAUCACGACAAACACGUCGUCAUCGAACAUAUUUAAAUCAAAUAUGCGAUCAAAAUUUACGUACACAAUUAAAUCAUUUAGAUAACGAACGUGAACAAACUAUUAUACGUUCAACAUCACGUCGACAACUUGAAGAAGAACGAAAACAAUUGCUCAAUAUUACGAUUACACAAAUUGCAAGAGAACGACAACAAGAACCUUUACGAAUAAAUACAACACAAAUCGAACAAGAAACAAUUCAACAACUUUCAAAGGAUAAUGAAAGUCGUCCAUCAUCUUCCAUUAAACUACCUACAGCUGGAACAUCAUGUUGUCUAUUUUCACAUAACUGUCAACUGUAUCCGUGUCAACCAGUCUAUGAAUAUACCAGUUUUGUACAAAAAGAAAAUGAUCAAACAUUACGAAAACGUAAUUCAUCUAUAGGAAAUUCUACUAAAUCAUCUCAUACACCACAUCUAAAGGACUUAUUGACAACUAUUCAAGAUAGAAAAGAUCAACAAAAUCGUCGACAAUUAGAAUUAGUAAUGCAAAAUCAACAUCAUUUAGCUCAUCGACAUGUAUCUAUGCAAAGAACAAUGGCAGUACUUGAUGAACAAAGUCGUCAAUUACAAGAACGCUUAACCGAUAAGAAAACAUUCGGUUAUAAUAAAGAACGUCAACAUAAAUUAUCACAAGCUGUUCAAAGGCAUUUAAAAAUAACUGCGAAAUUUUGCGCAUAA